AUGAAGCGUCGAAGAGAUUGCGUCGCUAAUAAGUUACGUUCGGCCUUUUAUGAUAUCGUAGAUGACUUCUUAUUUCAAAAUUUGAUGCGCAUAGUUUUCCACAGUGGGGGCAUCGAGGUUCCAACUCUCAUCCAAUUCCAAUGGUUUCAACAACCAGCACACGUCAAGACAUUAAGACUAUUUUGGAGAGCGGAGAUGGUGUUGGUAGGAAAAGCAGCGUCGUCAACGUAUUGGAAUUCGAAAAUCCUAUCGUGUGAUACUUUGCUUUUCGCCUUGAGUCGUUUGUAUGUUAAAGAGGCUGCCGUCGAGACGCUUCAGACGGAAAACCAUCACGAUAAAUGA